AUGGAGAUGGAGGAGGGGAGGACGCGCGGCGGCAAGGCGACGGAGCAGGAGAGGGGCGGCUCUCCCCCGGCGGAGCCUCAGAAGAUCGACGCCGGAGCCCUCUUCGUCCUCAAGUCCAAAGGUUUCACCAACCCCCCUUCUCUCUCUCUCUCUCUCUCCCUUUCUCUCUCUGCACUUCUUCGUCCUCUACCAUCUUUCCAGAGAAGCUGUGCAGUGACCCAAAUGAAACAUCUCGCUCCUCGUUCGAUCGAACUGGUUAUUUUCAUGUUCCAUCGAGAGAGGGAGAGAGAGAGAGAGCGUAGUCCGCCCGUCGUUCUCUCUCUCUCUCUAUAGUUCUCAAUAUUGCUCUAAAUUGAAUGUUGCAGGGUCGUGGUUGCACUGCGGGUACCACCUGACGACGUCGAUCGUAGCGCCGCCGCUGCUGAGCCUGCCGUUCGCCUUCGCGUCGCUGGGGUGGGCCGCCGGAGUCCUCUGCCUCUCCGUCGGCGCCGCCGUCAGCUUCUACUCCUACACCCUCCUCUCCCUUGUCCUCGAUCACCACACCCGCCUCGGCCGCCGCCAUCUCCGCUUUAGGGACAUGGCCCACGACAUCCUCGGUACAUCAUCUCCCUCUCCCUCCUCUCUCCCUCUCUCUCUCUCUCUCUCUCUCUCUCUCUCUCCCUCUUCCUCUCCCUCUCUCUCUCUCCCUAUCUCUCUCUCUCUCUCUCUCUCUCUCUCUCUCUCUCUCUCUCUCUCUCUCUCUCUCUAUCUCUCUCUCUCUCUAUCUCUCUCUCCUCUCUCUCUCUCUCUCUCUCUCUCUCCUCUCUCUCUCUCUCUCUCUCUCUCUCUCUCUCUCUCUCUCUCUCUCUCUCUCUCUCUCUCUCUCUCUCUCUCUCCCUCUCUCCCUCUCUCUCUCUCUCUCUCUCUAUCUUUCCCUAUAAAUUUUCAAUGGGUCGAGACGGAGCCAACGGUGUCAAGUUCAUGGGCCUCAUUUGUGCGCAGGGCCCAGAUGGGGGCGCUACUACGUGGGCCCAGUCCAAUUCCUCGUCUGCUACGGCGCCGUCGUCGCCUCCACCCUCCUCGGCGGCCAGAGUCUCAAGGUGGUGGCGGCGCCACCGCCUGCGCUUUCCGCUAUCUCGUCUUUCCUUUCCUCCCCCGCCGUUCCCCCUCCUGAUCUCGCGCCACUUUGAAAUCGGCAGGCGAUAUACGUCAUCACCCUCUCCACCGACGGCGAGGGGCCGGUGGCGCCGCCGCUGAAGCUCUACGCGUUCGUGGCGAUAUUCGGCGUCCUCAUGCUGGUGCUCGCGCAGAUACCCUCCUUCCACUCCCUCCGCCACAUCAACCUCGCCUCCAUCCUCCUCUGCCUCUCCUACAGCGUCUGCGCUACCGCCGGCUCCAUCUACGCAGGUACGGAUCUGAUGGAGCAAGAGCAGAACCAUGGCGGACGGAUCUGACCGACGGUGCCGUCUCCGGCGAGUGCAGGUAGCUCCGCUCGCUCGCCGCCCAAGGACUACUCCCUCCCCGCCGGCGGGGAGGACCGGCUCUUCGGGGUGCUCAACGCCCUCGCCAUCAUCGCCACCACCUACGGCAACGGGAUCAUCCCCGAGAUCCAGGUCGUGAAACCCUAAUAUCCCUUCCACACCAGCUUCUCCGACCCUAAUUACCUCCCCCCCCCCCUGUUCCAGGCCACGGCGGCGCCGCCGGUGGUGGGGAAGAUGUUCAAGGGGCUCUGCCUCUGCUACGCGGUGGUCAUCAUCACCUUCUUCAGCGUCGCCACCUCCGGCUACUGGGCCUUCGGCAACCUCGCGCAGGGCAGCGUCCUCAGCAACCUCCUCGCCGGCGGUUCCCCCCUCGUCCCCCGCUGGUUCCUCCUCAUGACCAACGCCUUCACUCUCCUCCAGGUCUCCGCCGUCGCCGUCGUGAGUAACAACGCCCUCCGCUCUCUCACUCUCUUCUUCCACCUCACCGGAGGCUGAGGCAGCGCCACCACCGCCGUCGCCGGUGCAGAUCUACUUGCAGCCGACGAACGAUACUCUGGAAGGGCUCUUCUCCGACCCGAAGAGAGACCAGUACUCGACGAGGAACAUGGUGCCAAGGCUGGUCUUCCGGUCUCUCGCCGUCGCCACCGCCACCACAAUCGCCGCCAUGCUUCCCUUCUUCGGGGACAUAAAUGGGUUCAUCGGGGCGUUCGGGUUCCUCCCGCUGGACUUCGUCAUCCCCGCCAUCUUCUACAACGCCACCUUCCGGCCGUCCAAGCGGAGCCUCCGCUUCUGGGGGAACGCCGCCAUCGCCACCGUCUUCUCCGUCAUGGCGGUCGUCGCCUCCGUCGCCGCCGUCAGGCAGAUCGUCAUUGAUGCCAAAGACUACCGCCUCUUCGCCAACGUGUGA